AUGGCUUUUGACAAGCUAAACACAGCAAAUAUCUUCAGUAAAACAUUUGUCAUGAUACCUAUCAAUUCCAGUGAACACUGGUUCCUGCUUGUUCUGAACCCAAUAGAUAAAUGUAUUUACCAUUGGAACUCCAUAGACUAUUCUCCGAAUUUCCCAGGAAUUGCGGAUUAUGUCGCCUCGUUUUACAGCAAGGUGGUUGAAAGAAGGUCUGGGUUGGAGAUACAAUCGGAAGCUAAAUGGGUUCAUGGAUGCAGGCAGCAGGAUGGGAACCUUGAUUGCGGCUUGUUUGUCUGCAUGUGGGCAUAUUGUCAUGCUAUAAACAGUGAAGAUAUUUGGUUUAAGGCAAAAACUUGCGAUAUCAAAAUACUUCGCCCAAAACUAGCAGCUAUCUUUCUGAGGCAUCGGGGAGUAGAAGUGGAAGCUAAAUAUAAAAUAGAUCUGGCGUUAUUGUGA